AUGGCGUCCGCAUCUGUCUACUACAAGUUCAAGUCCCAAAAGGAGCCUUCGCGUAUCACCUUUGACGGUACGGGCAUCUCCGUAUGGGAUCUCAAGCGCGAGAUCAUCCUUCAGAACAAGAUGGGCAGAGGCACCGACUUUGAUCUCGGCGUCUACAAUUCAGACACAAAUGACGAAUACAAGGACGACAACUUUCUCGUUCCAAGAUCUACACAGGUCAUUGUACGGCGCUUGCCUCCUUCCAAACCUGGUCGCGGAACUGCUCAAAAUUACGUCGCCGACGUCAAUGGAGCUGCCGACACGACCGGCGCAAGUCGUUUCUCCGGAACGGCAAACGCUUCAGGUAUCAAGCCUGUUGAUGCCCGUUCCCAGGCGUAUCGAGGCCCCAUGACGAUGAGAUUCGAUGGUGGCAAAGAUCCAAGCAUGUCGUCGACCCAACCAUCUUCGAGCACGGGUCCUUCCAGUGGUGGAGGUCCUGCAGCUGCUGCCACGGGGGAUGAAGCUGACCGCAUCGCUGCUAUGUUUCAAGCGACCACAGAGCAAUGGGAUGAGACGCAAGAACGCAUGUCGCACGCCACGUAUCGCGACCGCUCCGGACAAGCACGUCGAGGCGGUCCCCCAAGGCCCAUGGCUACUCAGCGCGCUCAGCAGCAGCUUCCUGAUCGUCCACCGCCCAUCGGAUACGUCUGUUUCCGGUGUGGCAAGCCGGGCCACUGGAUUCAAGACUGUCCCACCAAUGACGAUAAGGAGUAUGACAAUCGACCUCGCUUCAAGCGCACCACAGGUAUCCCAAAGUCCAUGCUCAAGACCGUGGAGCAACCUACAGAUGAAGAUCAUCGCGCCGGCGUCAUGCUCACUGCGGACGGCACCUAUGUCGUAGCACGCGUAGACCAAGAAUCGUGGCGCAAGAACCGUGUUCGCACUAAGCCUCUUACCCAAUCUGACGUCUACCAGUCCGCACCGACCGAUCCAUCGCUCGCAUGCCCGCUAUGCUCCAAGCUGCUUCGAGACGCCGUGGUGACGCCGUGCUGUCAGACCAAGUACUGCGAGGAGUGCAUUCAGACGCACUUACUCGAGCACGAGUUCUUAUGUGCGGAAUGCGAGAAGCGCAUCGCUGAUCUGGAGCAGCUUCAGCCGGAUCUAGAGACUCGCAAAAGGGUCAAGGAAUACGUCAAAGAGACCAUCGAACAGAGCGAAAGGGAGAUUGCAGAGGAAGCGAGCAAGGUCGAACAGACAGACGAUGCAGGAGACAGUAAAGUAGGCUCGCCAGUCCCGGGCCGUCAGCGUACCCUUAGCCCCGGUGUCUCGCACAAUGACCAGGACGCGCAGGCACACAAGACCGACGCUCAAAGCGAUAACAACAACCUUUCGUACGGCGACGCCCACGACACUGGUAAUGGUAACAGUCAGGGAAAUGCCGGUCAAGCCGGGGGAAUGGUAUUCAACCCGCAGAUGGUGCAGCAGAUCAUGAUGAUGCUUCAGAAUCCGCAACUCCCACCACCCAUGCGAAUGCAGCUGCAGAUGCAGUUGCAGAUGCAGCAGUUCGCGUUCAUGCAACAGAUGCAGCAGCAAGGCGGUGGCGGCGGAAUGAACGCCAUGCCGAUGAACCAAAUGAAUAUGGGCAUGAUGCAAGGCGGACAACCCAACAUGCCUUGGGGCCAGCAGCAAGCAGCGCAAGCCACCAACCCGUUCAGUCACCGCGCUCCACCCACCAACGAGCACUCGGCCUACAUGCGUGUCCCCGUCAACCAGGCCAGAAAUAGCACCAAGGUGGUAGGAACAAAACGCGAUCGUCCAACUGACUUUGUCGAGGUCGGUAGCAAAGGUGCUGGAGCAGGCGAUGCUAGCAAGUCAGCCCGCACUGGCUGA